AUCGCCAUCUGCCUCGAGGUAGCUCAGCCUGCUGCACCCAUCCGCUUUCUGGGUCUCUCUGAAACAGUUAUGGAAGAAGCCGAGGGAUAAGGUUGCAGAGCCUCUGGUGAUCCCUCUGCGGCACGGCUUUCUGGCCUCCAAAUCCUACCUCCUUCUUUGUCGCCAGGCUUUCAAUGGACCUUGCCUCAGCUGCAGCCGGCUUGGUUGGCCUGGCAGCUCUUAUUCUGCAAACUACAGCCACAUUGCGUGCAUUAUGUCAAGACUACGCCACCGCCAGCGACAACCUUGGGCGAGUGUCUUCCUCAUUGCAAACAUUGCAAGAUCUACUUAGAGAGGCGACCCGGCUUCUGAGCGACUCCUCGGUCACCAGGGUUACUACAAUGCUAACAAGAUCCAGGCUGAAUCUCAUUCUUCACCACUGUCAAAAGGAUCUUGAAUUAUGGACUUCUCGUAUUGAUCACCACAAUCCCAAGAGCAAUGGCUCUAGAUUAGGGAAAAGCUGGAAAAAGAUCAUCAUUGCAGUCGACAAGCCAAGUCUGGAUGAUUUAACGACGAAUAUUAUGCGUUAUGUUGACCAGAUUGACGCCUUGUUAGGUGUGAUGAGAAGCGAUUUAGGUGUGGCUACUAAUGCGGUAGUUGCGGCCUCGAUCUGGGCACAAGGCAUUUUUCGUUUCAAAAUCAAGAAGCAACUAGAUGCGAUUACCCAUGGGGUUGAAACGCUGCAAACUUCCCAGAAUGGCUUUCAAGAGGGAGCAUAUUGGCGUUUGGAUAAUAUUGGCGCUGCUGUCGGCUCAAUUGAAGUCACUUUACAUGAUAUAGUUCAACAGAACUCGACAAGCGACAGACCGACGUUUAAACCGUCACCAGAGGCCGGCCGAACUUUGCUUCCUUUUGUGAGAAAUGGGGACUUUGUUGGAAGGAAAGUAAUUAUCGAUAAAAUCGAGAAUCAACUCGAGCUCCCAGGCUCAAAUAAUCGUUGUGCCGUAUAUGGCCUUGGCGGCGUUGGGAAGUCUCAAGUGGCUUUAGAAGUCGCUUAUCGCAUGCAAAGCGUUUCUCCAGAUAUUUCAUGCUAUUGGGUUUCAGCCGUGAGCCGAACAACUUUCAUGCAAAGUUAUAGAGACAUUUCCUCGGCUUUACAGAUCCCAGGAAGUGAUGAUCCCAACAAGGAUACUCUUGACCUAGUGAAAACUUGGCUCCGAGGAGACUGUUCCUCCAAGUGGUUAAUGAUUGUUGAUAAUGUCGAUGAUAUCAAAAGCUUGAAAGGCCAAGCAGCCAACAGCAUUGAGGCGGACGAGUCCGGAUUCGACCUCCUUAAGUAUUUGCCCCAAUGCUCCCAUGGGAAACUCCUUUUCACGACCCGAAGCAAAACUGCGGCUCUUCGUCUGACAGGAAAUGGGUCAGUAAUUGAGAUCCCGUCUAUGGACGCAAAUGAGGCGCAAGAACUUCUACGAGUGAGGUUGAAAGACGAUGAUUCAACCACGACUGCGCAAGAUUGCCUCGACUUGGUGAAAGCUCUAGAAUACCUUCCACUGGCAGUCAGCCAUGCAGCAAGCUACAUCCGAGAGAUGGAUAUAACUCCAGCACGUUAUCUUUGGAUGUUCAAUGACAGUGACAAGAAACGCACUAAGCUGCUCACUCACACAUACGAGGAUCUUGCGAGAGACGAAGGACAAAGCAAUACGGUUCUCACCACCUGGCGAAUCAGUUUUGAGCAAAUAGAAAGAGAUUCGCCGGAGGGUGCGAGGCUUCUCAAACUCAUGGCUACUCUUCAUUGGCAGGAUAUCCCGCAAUUUCUUUUGCAGCAAGAUGAUUUGGAAGACGAAGAUGACUUCCUGGAUGCAGUGAACCCCUUAAUUGCUUUCAGCCUGGUCAAAAAAUCAUCCGACUCAAAGACUUUCAGCAUGCAUCGACUUAUUCACAUCGCCAUUAAGUCUUGGGAUCAAACGCUUGAAUUUGAGCAGGUUGCGGAGAAGCUGAUCGUCCGAGUCUUUCCUCUUCUUGAUAUCAGUAGGGUAUCUGUGGAACAGCGACAGAGAUGCCGCCAGCUACUUCCUCACGCCCAAGCAAUUGUCGAUGCUUUAGGCAUUCGAGACGAAUCUUCCUUAUCUUCGACUCAAAUCAAAUUCCGAGUGUCUUUAUAUUUGAGUGUACUGGGUCAAUAUCGGCACUCCCGAGAACUCGCUGAGAGUUUGGCUCGUUCUUUUCGAGAAUUCUCGGACCGCGGUCAGUCUGACAUUUCAAUCUCGGUUAUCGAGGACCACAUAACGAGAAUGUUCCUGAACGAAGGCAACGACAAGGUCGCCCUGGAUAGAGCCCAGAAGGCUCUUGAUGAGCGGAAAGAAUUGCCACCUGAUAACAGUGAUCUGAUUCGAGCCAAAGAUCUCAUCGCCAUGUCGCUCAUGGCUCAGGGCAACAAUCAAGCAGCGGAGGCCCAGUUGCGAGGGGCACAUGAAGCUCUUGAAAGGGCAAGAGGAAAACGCGAUCCUGCAACUAUCUUUGUCCUGUUGUCUUUAGCAGUGGCUUAUGCAGGGCAAGAGCGAUGGAAGGAAUGUGCUGAGGCUUAUCAAGCCGCACUCGCCGUUCUCUUACCAAGUUAUGGCGAUCAUAAUGAUUGUGUUAUUCGCUGCAUGGAGGGUUUGGCCGAAGCCGAGCGUUGCCUGUAUCGCACAGAAAGAGGAGGCGAGUUGAUCCGUAAGGCUAUUGCUCUCGCUGAAGAGAUCUACGGGCCUGAUCACCCUUACACCCUCCGGUGUGCAGUCCUUCGCCUCGGCUGUCAAUAUCUCGACGAGGGCAACGCAGUAGCCGGCUUCGAAGCGUUUCAAAGAGUUUGGAAAGGAUACCAGCAAUUUUACGGAGACAAUUCGAAAAUAACUUUAACUGCUCUCAAACUGGUAGCGGUCAAUCAUCCGGACAACGACGAGGGCGAGAGACUUAUGCGCAUUGCUGUUCAACAAUCGCGGGAGCUUUGGGGCCCGAGUGCUACGAGAACUCGGCAAUAUGAGGAUGCUUUGGUUUGGCGCCAGAUUCGCUUAGGUUCUGCAAGUAAACAGAAAGAAGCCGAGACAUAUUGUCGAGAGCUAUUCGAGAAUCGGAAGAAAGAGCUCGGGAACGACAAUCCCUGGACUCUUGGAGCCCAAUCUCUUUUGGGGAGGACUAUGCUUUCUUCGUUUCACGCGGAGGAGGCACUCAUCUUACUCAAGGAUGCUGGUGAACGCCAGCUAAAGCUCCUAGGGGAACAUCAUCCCGACCUCUAUAAGACCGAGUGUGCUCUUAUUCUGGUGUAUGAUAUCAGUAGGGGCUCUACCGACUACAGUUUAAAGGUAGCGCUGCUCCGCAAGCACCUCCAGAAUUUACAACAACAACGGGGACUGCAAAAUCGUGGUGUCCUUGAGCUGAAAAGCUCGCUCGGAUACACUCUUUGGUCUCAGAACAGGAGCUUGGCCUCGCCUGCUGCGAAGAAGCUUACUCAAGAAGGGGUGUCCCUCAUGAUUGAGGCAUAUGACAUGCAACUGAAGCUGUAUGGGAAGGAGAACGACACGGCCGUUGAAGCCGCCUCUCGAUUGGCGAAGUAUUACGAGAUGGUCAAGGAAUGGGACAAGGCUGAGUCGUUUCAUCGACAGGUGUAUAAAGCUUAUCGUAAGAGAUUCGGAGAGGAGUUCCCUGAGACUUUGGCUGUGGAGACCCGAGUUUCGUUUGCUGUCAUAGGGCAGGGUCGAGCAAAGGAAGGCCUCGAAAUGCUCGAGAGAAUCGUCCCAAUCCAAACGAGACAAUCUCACGAUAAUCCAGAUCGCAUCGCACUAUGUCUUAACUUGGCUAUGGCUAGAGUGAUCAUGGCAACUGCGCUAUGGGGCUUGGAUGAAAAUGAAGUAGCCCUAGAGAUGUUGAGGAAAGAGUCUACGGAACGCAUCCUAGAACUACCCGAGCUCUCACAAAACGCACCUGUUGUGCAGUACCUGCUCCAACAGCUACGCUUGGUCGACAAUUUAAUAAGAGAUGAUAUACUCGCCACCGAGACGAGGCAGUGGAAACCAGCUUCCGCUUGGCCAUAUCCCUUCAAGGAGCUCGAAGGCUUCUUCCCCCGCAAGAACCAGAUCCAUCCUUCGAACAUUCGAAGGGUCAAGUCUUGGAACGCUACCUCAACAGAUCUUGAUCGGUCACCCGCACAAAGCCCCGACGAAGAUCGAUCAGCUACUCUCCGCAGGCUUCGAGGAGAACCCGAACCCGAAUCCGAACCCCCACCAGCACCGGCACAGGGUUGGAGCUGCAGCCGAUGCGAGACUCCAAUCCCAAUCACUGACUUCUUUUACCGUUGCUACGACACAGCUUGUCAAGAUGGAAAGUACGCUGUGUGUGAAAAGUGUCAUGAUUCGGGCAUCACUUGCCUCGACUUCAAGCACCUUCCUCACCGAAGGAAAGCCUACUUCGUCUGCAACUGCUGUGAAAAUGAAAUUCAAGGCCGAUACACCUUUCACUGUGAAAUUUGUGAGGACGGGCUUUAUCUUGCAUGUAAACCUUGCUAUACAUCUGGGAAACACUGUCCUGCGAGUGAGCAUCAUAUGAAGAAGAUACUUCAGCCAUGUUAUACGGAUUAUUCUUGGUACGGCACGCGCUACUGCGAUUCGUGCGGGAAUGUACUUGAGGAUGGAGAGACGUACGAGCACUGUCAGAUUUGUGCCGGGGAUGAUUAUGACCUAUGUCGUGGGUGCUGGGAUCUUGGCAUAAAGUGUAAGGAUGACAGACAUAAGUUGGUGAAGAGGGUGUGGAGGGAGACUUGACAUGAGAUAAGAUAUAAAAAGCUGGCAAAAGGCAUAUGCUACAAAGAAAGCCUACAAUAUCUAUAAACAACCCUCUGCAACAGCUUCUAAGGGAUCAGUUUUAUUCGAAGGCUAAGAGAACGAUUCGGGAGCGACCCGCCACUGAC